ACGGAAGGCGGAAAUCCCCGGCGGGCGGCGUGGGAGGGAAAAGGGGAACGGCCUGAACCGGGCGGCUGUCAGAUCGGCUCAGCUCGGCACUGCACGGCUCGGCUCGGCACAGCUCGGCACUGCACGGCACGGCUCGGCUCGGUUCGGCUCGGCCCGGCAGCCACCCCCCUCCCCCGCCGCUGCGAUGGAGCCGCGAGGCUACGGAUUUCUGUUACUGCUCCUCCAUAUCCUGAGACCUGUUAUUGCACUGGAGGAGACGAUCAUAGUCAGUAAACUUGGAGACAAUGCUACACUGAGUUGCAUUUAUCGAGGAAGAGAACUGCACUUAAAAAAUCUACGGGUAUAUUGGCAAAUAGCUGAUGAUCAAGAAGAGUGUUCAGUUGUUCAUGCACUGAUCUCUGGUCAAGACAAUGAAAGUGAACAGUGUAUUCACUUUAAAAACAGGACUCAGUUAUUCUGGGAUGGAUUGGAAAACGGCGAUUUUUCUCUGCUAUUACUAAAUGUCAGCCAGAGUGAUGAACGUACAUACAAAUGUGUAGUACUGCAGAAAACUGAAUAUACCAGAGUGAUUCACCAGGCGAAAGUGGUUCUCAGUUUGGCAGCUAGUUAUAGCCAACCAAUACUCAGCGGACCGAUAAGAAACAGUGACAGCACUGGAGAGGAGGUGACUUUCAGCUGCAAGUCUGGCAAUGGAUACCCAGAGCCCAAUGUAUAUUGGAUAAACAAAACAGAUAACAGCCACCUGCUUCCAUCAGAGCUAAAGAUCAUACCCCAUGCCGAUGGCACUUACAGUGUUUUUAGCACGCUGAAGGUUAAAGCCACUUCUAACAUGCAAAUAGAGUGCUCCAUAGAAAAUAAAAUACUGCGGGAAAAUCUGUCAGCCAACUACACACAGCAGAUGCAAAGCAAUGGCUCUAGCACAGAAAGUCACAAAACCCUGGAAAAAAAUGGACGAGGUGCUCAAGCAGCUUGCAUCAUUUCCAUCGUCAUUGGAAUAGGUCUUCUAGUUGGUUUAACCUGCUGGCUGUGGAGACGGAGGUCCUUUAAGCUACUGUCCUACACAGAUGUCCAAACAAAUGAAGACAAAGGAGGACUCAACUCACCUGUCUAAAUGGGAAGUCUGGUAACAAUUUGGGCAGCUGGAGAUGUGUCAAGAGAAGCAUCAACCCCUAUCUCAGUGGCAGCAUCGCUUGUAAUACAAGUGACAUAUUUCUGCAGAGCGUGCGAAGAGAGAUGGCAAAAAAAGCUUCUCCAACAGAAGAGAAAACAAAAUGCACUGGAUUUCUGUUCCAGCCACUGGCUGUGUCCACACAACAAUUGUGUCACCGCACCAGCUAACCACUUUGGACAGUCCUCUGAUAUUCUGUCAGUGUGCUGAGCUCCUGCACUGGAGAGGGCAGCAAGCCUGGGACUUAGCUUCUCUGUGCCAGACCACUGACAGGUGGUGAGUGCCCAGUCUCUCCUCAUCACCUUUGAGGACCUUUUUAGUAGCAGAAGCAACUGCAUUUCAGGAAUGUGCAAAGUUCUUGCUGUGUCUCUUUACACUGACAAUGACUACUGAAUAUGAAGAAAGGCAGCUAAAAAACAAAAAAAAAGAAAGAAAACUGAAGGGCUCUCUACAAAGUGAGAUUUGUGAUCUUUUCCACCUUUUUCUCUCUACAGCACAUCCUUUUAUUGUCUGGUUUCACCAGCUGUGUGUUACUGUGUACAGAAUUAGGUAGAAUGUUUUGACCCAGUCCUCCAAAAGUGGGUGUUGCUCUGACAGGGUUAAACACUGAAUGUGUUAAUGUAAGGGAAUGUGUGUUCUUUAAAUGCACUUGAUAUCAGCAUUUUGUUUUUUACCAAAUAUUCCACCAAAAAGGGGACUUCCACUUUUGACAGAAGCUGGUACGUACUGUGUGAAAGAGCAGGCUGUAGAAACCUGACCGAUUAAAAAUAGUGCUCUCUGCUAUGUUAAUGUUACCUGGACUUACCCUUUUCAGGAUGGAACAAAACCUGUGGUUGAGCUCUGCUCAGUUCAGCUGGUCUUUAUUUAAGCACUCCCCUGUGGCUUCCAGGGAGGAUUUUAAACUGACAUUUUUAAACUGAACCCCUCCUUGUGUCCCAUCCCACCAUCCACCCCCCAAAAAAAAGAAGGAAAGACAGACAGACAGGAAAGAGUGCAGACAAUAGCACCGUGUUGUCUGUGAAUGUCCAGGAAAGCCAAGUGCAGUUCCUUGUGCCAGUGCACGUGCCUUGCUGUUCCAGCCACGAGCCAGCCAAGAGAAACUGGUUGAAAAUAGUAAACUUUGCUGAUGGUAUGAAGUUUUGAAGGAGGAGGAAUCUAUACUAGCUGUCUUGCCUAGGUGGGGCAUUUUCCCCAUCUUGUCAUGGGGCACGGAGACCAUGUUUAAACUGAGCCCUGGAGACACUUGGUUCCUGCACCAGUUGCUAAACUAAAAUUCUACCAUUUUUGUGAAUAAGUUACAGCCUUACUUGUCCUAGCUCUGUGUGUGGGAGGCUCUCCAGUGUCUGAGGCAGGCCAUUGAUUUUUCAUUUCAAGAUUAGCAUUCAUAUCCAUCAAGUGAAAAAAAAAAAUGUUGUUGUCCUGUUGUCCCAUUAUGUGGACUCCAGAACCACUGGGCAAUAGUACAGUUAGGGGUUUGUUGCAGUGCCCUCAAGGAGGCUCUGAGUUGGGUACCUGCGCACCAUCGCUACACCAGGAUCUUGUGGGAGGGCUGCACAGGCUCAGCCUCCACGGCAUUUAAAAGACGGGGCAGUUUAGCUCUCACUUGUUGCAGUCUAGGCUUACUCGCCAGUUUGAACAGGAUAGGGAAGCUGUUUUAAAAACAAAAACAAACAGCCAAGCUGCAACAAAAUAAUUAAGCUCCUGCCUUCUGUUUAGAUUUUAACUGUGUACAACUGUGGUUUUUUAGAAAGGUGUUGUAUCUAUUAAUGUCAAAAAAGUAUAUUGCAUAUUUGCUAAUCUUCAAUGUCUGUGAAAAAUACUCUGUUUUAUUUAUUAAUUUCUCUUUUGUCCUCUGUUGCCUUCCAGUCUACAGCUGUAACAUACCCUCUCAGGUAGGGUAUUCAGCUCACAGCAUUUGUUGGAUAAGAUUACUUAAGGUACCAUCAGUUACUUUAAAUGUCAGCCUUUCUUUGUCUUCUCUCAUGUCCAUUAAUCUAGAUGUUAGAUUAUUUUCUAAGUCCAUAUCUAGUCUUCAGUGAACCCUAAAGGGAACAUGCUUGAAGAAAGCAUGCAGACACCUUAAAAAUGUGAACAUCUGUGCAGAUGUGAAGGUAACCAUUUCCUAGUGGUUCAGUAAGUCAUCCUGUGGACGUUUCCUUGCUAUCUAUCACAUGAAGCUGUUUUGCGCAUCCUCUUUGGUGCUGCUGUAACUGACAGAAGCCUUUCCUAAAAACAGUUUUCCACCUUUAUAUUCUGCAACUGCAAGAAGCUGUAACAGUUUAGAGAUGCAAGAACUGAACCUAGCAGUUGCUUUGCAAUAUGUCGUUAAGCUAAUUUAGACUGGUUGGAUUUCCUUACUUCUGGGCUACUUCAUGGUACCUAGAGAAUAACAUCUAAAUGCAACAGCCUGCUCUUUCAGAAUCCGUAGUUUCGGUUGGUUUAGGUUUCCAGCUAUUUUUGGAGACAAGAAAAUCCUAGAUAGCAGUUGUUACCAUUAAAAGGACUUAGAAAUUUUGUAAUGAGUUUGUCAUCAUAUACCUGUUUAUAUUUUAAAUAAAAUCCAUCUGGAUGUUUGACUAAAUCUG